AUGGCCGAAGAGAAACCACAUCAGCAAAGGCAGCAGAACAAAGAGGCCAACAGGAGAUACAGCAGUGAGCUUCCUUGCCAACAGAGUAUGCAGAUUAUUUCUGAAUAUGAGCUAGCUCAGUUAGCUCAUAUUCGACCAUUAAUAUUCAAUAUUCAUGAGCAAGCAACCAUCAAGUCUUGUUUUGAAAACCUUCAGAGAAAAAUGUUAACCUAUGAAAUCUUCCAGGAGUUUUUGGAUUUAGAAAUUGAGAGCCCAACUUAUGAGUUCAGCUGUGGGAAUGAACCAUCCAAUAGAGACAAAAACAGAUAUCGGGAUAUUCUUCCAUAUGAUUCAACACGCGUUCCUCUUGGAAAAAGCAGGGACUACAUCAAUGCUAGUUAUAUUAAAAUAGUAAAUUCUGGAGAAGAGUACUUCUACAUUGCUACCCAAGGACCACUGCCAGGUACCAUAAAUGAUUUUUGGCAAAUGGUUUUGGAAAAUCAAUCUAAUGUUAUUGCCAUGAUGACCAGAGAGAUAGAAGAUGGAACUGUCAAAUGCCACCGAUAUUGGCCCAUCUCCCUGAAAAAGCCCUUGGAAUUGAAAUACUUCCUUGUCUUCUUGGAGAGCUACCAGAUACUUCAAGAUUUCAUCAUUCGAAUGUUUAAAGUUGUGGAGAAGACUACUGGAACAGUUCACUUUGUAAAACAGUUGCAGUUCACCAACUGGCCAGACCAUGGCACUCCUGCCUCAGCAGAUGAUUUUAUCAAGUUUGUUCGUUUAGCAAGGAAGAGUCACCAGACAGGACCCAUCAUUGUUCACUGCAGUGCUGGCAUAGGCCGGACUGGUGUGCUCCUGUGUGUGGAUGUUGUGUUCUGUGCCAUUGAAAGGAACUUUCUGUUCAACAUCAAGAAUAUUGUGACUCAAAUGAGAGAAUACCGGUGUGGCAUGAUUCAAACAAAGGAGCAGUAUCACUUUUGUUAUAAAAUUGUGCUUGAAGUUCUUCAGAAAAUUCUGACUUUGGAUUAA